UCUCCGUCUCCUCCCCCGCGCCGCCGCCGCCGCCGCCGAGGCCGCGGAGCCGGUGCGGGAGCGCACGAUGGAGGCGCCGCCGGUGACCAUGAUGCCCGUGACGGGCGGCACCAUCAACAUGAUGGAGUACCUGCUCCAAGGGAGCGUGCUGGACCAGAGCCUGGAGAGCCUCCUGCACCGCCUGCGCGGGCUGUGCGACAACAUGGAGCCCGAGACCUUCCUGGACCACGAGAUGGUGUUCCUGCUGAAGGGGCAGCAGGCCAGCCCCUUCGUGCUACGCGCCCGGCGCUCCAUGGACAAGAACGGGAUGCCCUGGCACCUGCGCUAUCUGGGACAGCCCGAAAUAGGCGACAAGAACCGCCACGCCCUGGUGCGCAACUGCGUGGACAUCGCCACGUCCGACAACCUGACGGACUUCCUGGUGGAGAUGGGCUUCCGUAUGGACCACGAGUUCGUGGCCAAAGGGCACGUGUUCCGCAAGGGCAUCAUGAAGAUAGUGGUGUACAAGAUCUUCCGCAUCCUGAUGCCAGGAAACACGGAGAGCAUUGAGCCACUCUCCCUCUCCUACUUGGUGGAGCUCAACGUGGUCGCACCAGCAGGGCAGGACAUUGUUUCUGAUGACAUGAGGAACUUUGCUGAGCAGCUGAAGCCUCUAGUGCACCUGGAGAAAAUUGACCCCAAAAGACUAAUGUGAUUGAAAAUGUGGGCGAUUAAGGCACUGGUGGUGUGUUUCAGAAAAGGAUGUUUUUCUGAAAAGCUUUUUGAGGGCAAAUCAAAACAAAGAGAGGGGAAUAAAGUACUAUAUAUCAGUUUU